GGACCCAAGCAAAACACCUUGGGUUUUGGAAGUACCUUUGAUUUUCACAUCACCAAUAUCAACAACAUUACACAAUUUAAUACACACUCCAUCACUCAUUAUCAUUAUCAUUAGGCUUUCUCUUUUAUCACAGAGAGAGAAUUAACUCACCUCAACUAUUUCCUCAGAUUUCAAAAUUUCAACAACUUAGGUAGGUCAACUACAUCUCCAAACAUUGACAUUUCUCACUCACCCAUGUUCUUUCCUCAUACUAUUGUUAUCCUAUAAUUAUUUUAUUGUUACCACACUCAUACUCUUUAGACACCCAAAAAAAAAAUCUGAUUUUCUUUUUAUAAUCUUUGCUUAAUCCUCUUCCUAAUAACUUUUCUAAUGUGCUUGUUACCUGUUUGUUCAAAUGUCUGAGCUGGGUUUUAUCCCAAAUCAAGCAAAGAUUCAAACUUUAACCAAAACCACUUCAUAACCAACACUCUCUGUAAUUUCAAUUUUGAAAUCCCAAAUUCUAAAAAAAAAUGCAUUUUUUUCACUCUCAAAUCCAUAUUAACAAUCGUGCUAGUGCUAUCACAAAUCCUCCUAUUCUUUCUCCAUAUUCUUCUUCAACUCCUUAUAGCCAAAAAGAAUCAGAACCAGUUCCAAUUUCUUCAUCUGGAAACAAAAUAAGUCCUACAAUUCUCUUCAUCAUAGUUAUAUUAGCUAUUAUAUUUUUCAUUCUAGGUUUCCUUCACUUGCUUGUUAGGUUUCUCAUGAAGCAUAGAUCUUCUAGCUCUUCAUCAAUUUCUCAAUCAAAUACGUUUCCUGAAAUGUCUGAAUCUGAUGCAUAUCAAAGACAGUUGCAGCAGCUUUUCAAUCUUCAUGAUUCCGGUUUGGAUCAGCCAUUCAUUGAUGCUCUUCCUGUUUUCAUUUACAAAGAGAUUAUAGGUUUGAAAGAGCCUUUUGAUUGUGCUGUUUGUCUCUGUGAGUUUUUGGAACAAGAUAAGUUGAGAUUGUUACCUAAUUGUAAUCAUGCUUUUCAUAUUAACUGCAUAGAUACAUGGUUAUUGUCAAAUUCAACUUGUCCUUUAUGUAGAGGGACACUUUAUGCCCAAGGGUUUUCGUUCGAGAAAAAUCCUGUUUUUGAGUUUGAGGAUCAAAGGGAUGAAGAUUGUGUUAUAGGGAUUGGUUCAGUCAACAAGAAUAUGGAAAACCAUAUAAUGAAUGGGAAAAGGGUUUUUUCUGUUAGGCUUGGAAAGUUUAGAAGUUCAAAUGAUGGAGAAGGGGUUGAAAAAAGUGAAGGAGAAAGUAGUAGCUGUAAUUUUGAUGUUAGGAGAUGCUAUUCAAUGGGAUCUUUUCAGUAUGUUGUUUGUGAUUCAGAUUUGCAAGUUGCUUUGAAACCUUCUAAAUGUGAUGGAAGUAUGAGACAAUUGAAGGGAAUUCGAGAAACUCAAGAUGAGAGUUAUUCAAAUGAUGGAGAUGUUGAAGGCAAGAAAAUCAACAUUGCAAGGAAAGGUGAAAGUUUUUCUGUUUCAAAGAUUUGGCAAUGGUCUAAGAAAGAUAAUAAGAUACCAAGUUCAUCAGAUACGCAUUUUCAUAAUUGUGUUGUCAAUGAAAGUUUUCCAUGGAUGAAUAAAGCUAGAGGUACAUGAUACAUUAAAGUUACUUAGUGUUUUUGUAUUGUUAACUACUUUCAUAUAUUCAAUGAAUCCAUUUGUUUAGCUCUUACUUCCACUCACAUUUUUCUUUAGGACUAAAACAUGUAAGUUAUGCCAUAAAGUACUUAGCUAUUUGAAGCAAAUGUCUUUCAACUAUAUCAUUUAUCAUUCUUGUAUGUAUUUUGCCUUUUUUGCAAUAUGACCUAUCAACAUGAUCGAACUUAACCAUCUGGUUCAACUAGUUAAACCUUGAACCAACUUUGUCUAUAGUUCGGUUAUUGAAGUGGUUCAAAUGUAAUUUUAUUUAUGUUCAAAUGAUUUAAAAUAAUCAAAUCAUGAUUAAGAUAUCUCACCAAUUCGACAUGUAUAGUUCGAUUUUUGAAAUGUUAUAAAGUUGUAACAAAUUAGCUAUGUCUAUUAGAUGUUAUGAUAAGGUAAAAUGAAGAGUAAAGUUAGUACAAGAAAAAAUGACACCAAAUGAUAUAGAGCAUAAUUUUGAAUGUGGGUCCUUAAUGGCAUGAGAUUCUUUAAGUGACAAAAGUGUUCUUUAUUAGCAAUUUCUUGUAAGGAGUAGGAAGAUGAAAGUGAGGUCAAAUUAGGGUGGUUGUUUUUUUGGAUGCUUUUGGUUUUCUAUGCUUUUUCACUUUUUGGGUAAAAAGGAGUAAAAGGAACAAGUAUAGAUUCCAUUCCUUCUUCUAUGUGUAAGUGUUCAUAAUUAUUGAGCAUGACCCUUUGUUGAGGGCAUCCUUUAUUUGGAUGGUUUAGCAUUUAAUUACCAAGAUGAGAAGAUAGGUGGAAAAUGAAAUGUAGGGUGGAGGAGUUUCCUUUGAUAAGGACAGUGAAGAGUGGGUAGUGGGGAUCUGUCACUACUGCUCCAAAGGUUGUGUAGGAUAACAAAAAGUGUCAAUUGUUUAUGUUAUUUUUAUUUCAUUUUCUAUUUUGCAAGUUUUUAAAAAGCAAAGAAUAAUGGUAAAAGUAAUUUUUCUUUAUUAUCCGAUAAGGUGGCAAAUGGAUAUCUUCGUCCCGUUUAGAUUGUUGAGGACGCGAGUCUAAAAUCUUAGUUUGUUCCGGAGAAAAAACAUAAUGGGCGGACAUGCGGGCAUGACACCUUUAACACUUAAAACCUACAAAAAAUUGUGUUAGUAAUUGCAGCCGCAAAAGUCGGAAAAAAAAUGCGACAGAGCAAAACUGACAUAUUAGAAUGUGUGUGCUUAAAUCCAUGACCCAUCUCACAAAAAAUCCAGAUAAAAUGGACAUGUCCGACUGUUCGGCCUAUUUUUCAUCCCUUUCCGCCAUGGUUCCGCCAAAGCAUUUUAACUUUUUUUUGUUCAUUUGGGUCAAUUAUUUAAGGAUAAAUAAAGGCAAAUAAUCAAUGUAGCUAUGAUGUUGGGGCCUAUAGCUUGUCAACGUUCUCAUUAGACCCGUGAUAAUGGGCACAUACAUAUCUUUGACGCUCACCGACUUUACCUUAUCAAAAUGAUAAAAAGGCACAGCACAACCUCAUAUUCAAGAAGGAAAAAAUAAUGGUAGGGUGGCUUCUAAGGUGGUUUAUUAUAUAUAGCUGGAUCUCAUAUAGAAAGACACCAACACC